AAAAAAAAUAAAAAAAAGGGAAAAAAAAAAAACCCAAACAAAACCCUUACCCUUUCUCUCCUCUCAAAAUUCUCCCCCCUCAUUUGUACCGAUUCAAAAAUUGAAGCUCGUCGCAAACCCUAAUCGUAAACACUAACCCUAAAUUGAGCCCUAAUUGAAUGGAAGGGGGAGCGGGGGCCUACAAUCCGAGGACGGCGGAGGAGGUUUUUAGGGAUUUUAGGGGGAGACGAGCCGGAAUGAUCAAGGCUCUCACUACUGAUGUGGAGAGGUUCUAUCAGCUCUGUGAUCCCGGUUGUGGAUGGGUUUCACAAAGGGUGUUUCUUCUGCAUAUGUGGCUGUUUGGUGAAGAGAAAGAGAACCUAUGUUUGUAUGGACUUCCCAAUGAGACUUGGGAAGUCAACCUGCCAGCUGAGGAAGUUCCUCCCGAACUUCCUGAGCCUGCAUUGGGAAUAAAUUUUGCUAGGGAUGGCAUGGAUGAAAAAGACUGGAUUUCAUUAGUUGCAGUUCACAGUGAUGCGUGGUUAUUGGCUGUUGCCUUUUACUUUGGGGCACGUUUUGGCUUUGACAAAGAUGCUAGGAGACGCCUCUUUCAAAUGAUCAAUGGCCUCCCUACCAUAUUUGAAGUUGUGACUGGAUCUGUCAAGAAGCAAACAAAAGAGAAAACACCCAACAGUAGCAAGAGCAACAAGUCAAAUUCCAAGCCAUCACGUCAGUCGGAGAUAAAGACCUCAAAAAUGGCUCCUCCAAAAGAGGACGACGAUAGUGAAGGAGGAGAGGAAGAAGAGGAAGAUGAGGAUGAGCAUGGAAACACUCUAUGUGGUGCUUGCGGGGAUAAUUACGCGAAUGACGAAUUCUGGAUAUGUUGUGAUAUUUGCGAGAGAUGGUUCCACGGGAAAUGUGUGCGAAUUACUCCUGCUAGGGCUGAACACAUCAAGCAGUACAAAUGCCCAGCAUGCAGUAACAAGAGAGCAAGAGCUUGAACUUUUGCAAAGUUGACGGUGGUUUUAGAUAUCAAACGGUGAUUAGAUGGUCAUAGGUUAUUUCGGAUGCAAGAAGCUAAAUUGAUCUUCAAGCUUUCAGUCAAAAUUCAGGUUUUAGACAUUGUUCUGUUGUUGUGCAUGUGUUCUUGGUUAUUUGUUUCCUUUGUAGUACUAACAAUCCAACUGUAUUGGUAAUGUUGAUUUGAAGUCUGAAUAUUGUCAGCAUUUCUAAUAGAUUGCAUCGUGUUGUUGACUGUUA